AUGCUGAGGAGCGCUCUGCUGUGCGCUGCGCUCGGGCUCCUGCGAGCCCAGCCCUUCCCCUGCCCACCCACCUGCAGGUGCAUUUUCCGCGACGCCGCGCAGUGCUCGCAGGGUAGCGUGGCGCGCAUCGCGGCGCUCGGCUUGCCGACCAACCUUACGCACAUCCUGCUCUUCNGAAUGGGCCGCGGCGCCUUGCAGAACAGCAGCUUCAGUGGCAUGGCCGUCCUGCAGCGCCUAAUGCUGUCCGACAGCCACGUUUCGGCCAUUGCUCCCGGCACUUUCAACGACCUGAUAAAACUUAAAACCCUGAGGUUAUCGCACAACAAGAUCACUCAUCUUCCAGGCGCGCUGUUGGAUAAGCUGGUGCUCUUGGAACAGUUGUUUCUGGACGGCAAUGAACUAAAGAGCCUUGACCAAAACAUGUUUCAGAAACUGGUUAACCUGCAGGAGCUCUUUUUGAACCAAAACCAACUCGCUUUCCUCCCUGCUAGCCUCUUCACACACCUGGGGAACCUGAAAUUGUUGGAUUUAUCGGGAAAUAAUUUGACCCACCUGCCCGAGGGAUUGUUUGGGGUCCAGGUUAAGCUUGAGAAGCUUCUGCUCCACUCGAACCAGCUCGUGUCUCUGGAUUCGGGGCUGUUGGAUAGCCUGCGCGCCCUGAUGGAGCUGCAGCUGGACAGAAAUCACAUCCGUUCCGUCGCACCCGGCGCCUUCGACCGUCUGCGAAGCCUGAGCUCUUUGACUCUUUCCAGAAACCGCCUCGAGUUUCUGCCCUCUGCCCUCUUUCUUCAUUCGCACAAUUUGACCUUCCUGACCCUGUUCGAGAACCCGCUGGAGGAACUCCCCGAGGUGCUCUUCGGGGUGAUGGGCGGCCUGCGGGAGCUGUGGCUGAACGCCACCCAGCUGCGCACCCUGCCUGCCGCCGCCUUCCGCAACCUGAGCGGCCUGCGGGUCCUGGGGGUGACGCUGAGCCCGCGGCUGAGAGCGAUCCCGGAGGACGCCUUUCGGGGCCUCGGCGAGCUGCGGGUGCUCGCCCUGCGCUCCACCGGCCUGGCUUCCCUCCCCGUCGGCUUGCUGCGCGGCCUCGGCGGGCUGCGCCACUUGUCGCUGAGCCGCAACCGGCUGCGGACCCUGCCCCGCGAGCUCUUCCGCAACCUCAGCAGCCUGGAGGAGGUCCAGCUUGACCACAACCAGCUGGAGACACUGCCCCGAGACGUAUUUGAGGCUCUGCCCCGGCUGGCGAAGGUCCUGCUGGGGCACAAUCCCUGGCGCUGCGACUGUGGCCUGGGGCCGUUCCUGGCGUGGCUGCGGCGGCACGCGGGCCUCGUGGGUCGAGCCGAGCCCCCACUGUGUCACGGCCCCGGGCCGCACGUCGGCCUGCCGCUCUGGGCCCUGCCCCUCGGCGACCCCGGCUGCCCGCGCCCCGGGAGCCCCCAGCAGCCCCCCCUGCCCGCCGCCCCUGCCCGCGCUUCCUUGGGACCCAAGCGCUCCGAGUCCUGGGCGUGGGCCCGGACCGUGGCCGAAGGCAAAAGUCAGGACCAGAGCCUGUUCUGGGGUCUCUAUUUUCUGCUUUUAGCUGCUCAGGCCAUAAUAACCGGGAUCAUAGUGUUUGCGAUGAUUCGACUCGGCAGGCUCUUUCGGAAAUUAAUCAGAGAGAGAGCUCUUGGGGCGCUGGCUGUGAAGGCCCCUCCCAGUGCCUGCCGUGCCGGCAGGAGGGAGGGUUCUCUCCACUGUUUUCGGAGGGAAGGUGCGAAGGAGGCAGCCAGCUUCAGUCCAGGGCCCGCCUCCCGCACCUGGCAGGUGUCUGAGAACAGCUGGGGCUAUGGGAAUGAGCUGGGAACCACAGCCAUGCAUCUGGAGCUCAGGGGUGUGGCCUUCUCUGCCUCCAAGACAGCUGGGCCACUGAGAGGGGAGCAGCAGGUGAGGGCAGAACAGGGCCACCUGGGGAAGUGCUGUGAGUUCGGUUCUAUCAAGCGAGUUUCCCAGGCACUUCCAGGCGACAUUUAUGUACUGAUCUGGGGAACACAGUGGUUACCCCCUUCAAGCGAGACGUGGAGGUCAGGAUACAGUUUGCUCCAUGGCAUUGAAAUAAGAAGGCGUCUCCUCCGAGGGAACCUCGUGUUUCGGGAAUGUGAUGAUGGUAUUAAACCCAAAAGUCCCAACCCACCAACCAACAAAGCUCAGGGCUUCAAGGCUAAUUAUGUGUUUGCCCAUGAGUCACAGAGGCUGUUUUUGCUAAAGAGACCAGAGCCAGAGCGCCUGGUCCAAGCGCUUCCACUCCUGGGGAGGGACCACGUCAGAGUGCCCAG